CUCUCAAGUUUCACGUUUGUUUUGGUUUUUUGCCGCGCCUCCUCUGCAAACUCAAGUUGGUAUUAUUUCAUUACAGGAGAUCAGAAGAAUGUCACCAUGCAGCAGCUCGCCAAACUUAAGGCAGCUGCUUGUCAUCUUCAACAAACAACAUGCGUCACAAAGAUCAACGAUUGGACACGGACUGCAGUCGCCGUGGCAACCUCAACAGACUGUCAACAACAGACCUCAACAAGUUUCCCUUUUACAACUCGACCCACCAAUAGAGGAACGGCAACAUAUAAUUCAUCAUGUAACAUAGUAUCAGAAAACUCAAAAUGGACGAACUACUCGAAACGGAUAAGUCGACUCUAUGACAAACAUAAAUACUUAGAUUUCUUGUCUGCUGCAGGGGUUAAUUCAACAGGCCAAUCAUUUCCAAUUUCUAUCCCAAAUAUAACAAAGCACUCAACUAACCCGCCGAGAAAAAAUGUAUUCCAAUCAAAUGUAACACACUGUCAGAGACAGCGAAGGUUGUUGAACUUUGACAUACUGAAAAGAAUGUUGACAACGUCGAGUGUCGUGAGCUUCAACUCCGUGGAUGAUUCGCAGGUGCCGUCGUUGACCGAAAUGAAGCGUCAUCUCGGGACUGAAGGGAUGGAGUUUGAGAUGGGGCACGCUUGUCUGGUCGGAGAGUGCCCCUUUUGUGGUCACAAGGAUAAACAGAGAAUGAGUAAAUAUGUGAAGAAGAUGUUUGUCAACAUGACCACUGGGCAUUGUGUUUGUCAAUGUGCCGAAAUAUGCGGUAGCUGGGAAAAUCUACACAACAGCAUGGCCAUCGCUAAGCAACAGAGCAUCACCGACCCAUCCUCAUUCAUCAAUCCCACCGCUGCCACCAUUGAUGAAGAUGAGGUCAAAGGUCAGAUGUCAGCCAUGGAGAAGGUCAAUGAACUUUGGGAGAAUGCUGUUGAGUUGCCUAAAUGCAGGGAGUACAUGGUGGAUCGAUUAAAAGCGUCAUUAGGGAUUGAGCAAAUCACAACGAAAACACUUGAGAAGUUCAACAUCAGAUACAUCCAUGAUCAGAGAGCCUUUGUCUUGCCCUUAUAUGGGUUCAACGACCUCCUUCAAGGAGUCAAGCUACUAGAGGUCAAAAAGGUCGAGGAAGGUCAUGAGGUCAUUCAGACUCUGUACACGAGACAUGUACAGACUGGUUUGUUUGGAUUUCAUCUCAUUGGCCAUAGGGAUGCAGAGAUAGUUCUCGUGUCAAACGUCUUGGAUGCUCUUGCUGUGUAUCAGACGACGGGGCAGACUGUCUUGGCCCUGCCAAAUGGUAGUGCGUCACUCCCACAAGAGACCCUGCCUCUGCUAGAACAGUUGAAUCAGAUCACAUUAUGGUUUGGAAAUGAUAUGAGAUCUUGGGAGGCUGCUAAGCAGUUUGCAAGAAAGCUUAACACCAAACGCUGUCACUUCAUCAGACCCCUGGAUGGCCAUCCGCCAGCACUCGUGGCCCUGCAACAAGGAUUAAGCCUCGGCAGCAUUUUGAAGCAGGCGAGCCCUAUCAGCCACAAAGCCAUCGUUUCGUUCCGGUCGUUACGAGAGGAGGUGCUGGGAGAAUUGUCUCACGCUGAGCAGGUCGCUGGGGUCAAGUGGAAAAGAUUCCCCCUUCUCAACAAGAUGCUGAAGGGUCAUCGCCGCGGUGAGCUCUCGGUCUUCACUGGGCCGACUGGAUCCGGAAAGACAACAUUUAUGGCCGAGUAUUCACUCGAUCUAUGCACUCAAGGGGUCAACACACUUUGGGGAAGCUUUGAAAUUCAAAACAUUCGUCUUGCUAAGGUUAUGCUGACUCAGUUUGCUCAGUUAAAUCUUGAAAAGAAUAUUGAGAAGUUCGACAAGUGGGCCGACAAGUUUGAGAGACUUCCGUUAUUUUUCAUGACAUUCCACGGUCAGCAUACACUCAAGACGGUUAUAGAGGCCAUGUCGCACGCGGUGUAUGUCCAUGACAUUGAGCACAUAGUUAUAGACAACUUGCAGUUCAUGGUGGGCUACUCUGAGAAGCAGUUCAUGAUGGAGCGCUUUGCCAUGUAUGAUAACAUCAUCGCUGCGUUCCGCAAGUUUGCGACCGCCAACAACUGUCAUGUGACUGUUGUGAUUCACCCACGGAAGGAAAAUGCUUCUGAGGAGUUGCAGACAGCGUCCAUCUUCGGGAGCGCCAAAGCAUCACAAGAAGCGGAUAAUGUCUUGAUUCUGCAGGAUCAGAGACUGACGGCUCUCAGGGGACGAAAAUACAUCCAGGUUGUGAAGAACCGGUUUGAUGGAGACCUUGGUAUAAUGCCAUUGCACUUCAACAAAGAAUCACUGACAAUGUCUGCACCGUCUAAACUGCGAAGCAGAAAAACGGCUGGUGGGAAGACUAGUAAGCCUGGCGAAGCCGGCCAAUCCGACGAGUCGUAUGAAUUGUUUGAGGAGUUUGUGCUGGACAGCAGGCAGGAGGAUGAACUCGGAAGAGGAGAAUGAACCAAUUAGAUGAGGCCUUACUGAGAGUUGCUGCAGAGGAGUUGGAGGUUGACCAAUCACAUGAGGCCUUACUUGGGGUUUGCUGAUCAGAAGAUGAAGGCUGACCAAUCACGUUUGGUGUUUCACUUGAAGAGGAGAAUGAACCAAUCAGAAGAGGCCUUACUGAGUCUUGCUGUAAAUUGUCCAAUCACUUGAGGCCUAACUUGGGGUUGCUGAUCUGAAGAUGAAGGUUGACCAAUCAUGGCUGGGGUUUCACGGCCAUCUUGGACCAAUUAAUCUCAUAAAAUAUAAGCAUAACAAUUUGAACCAUCAUGUUUUACAGAUAAUUAUUUCUGAAUUUUGUAAAGUCCUUUCAUGUUUUGAUAAAUUAACAAUCUUGAGUGGCUAUUUCGCCAAAGCUCGAAGAUUUUGUUUGUCUCCUGAAUUCAUCCACAGGGAGACAAAGUUGUAAAGUCUUUUUAUAUUGAAAAUAAUUACCUGCAAUUGACAACUAAGCGAAAAAAACAGAAUAGUUAUUGAAGAGCCAUGCCAUGAUGGGUUCAAAUUUG